AUGGCGCAACCGUCUGGACCACGCCAGGCUCUAGCAGAAUUUGCUUGCACUUUGCAUACAACCUUAUCCACAGUCGAUACUUCGACAAAUCCUCUCCUCUCCCCCAAUGCUAUUUUCAGACUGGAUAGCGAGCUCAACAAUAACCCGUUUUGUCUUGUGGUAAAUACAUCUGAUCGCGAGCAGCUGGAUAUGAUUGGGACAUUGCUUUGGAACGCCUGCACCGACCUGAUGAUCUCGCGUGGUCAUAAUCCGGAGGAUGUGCUGGUGCUCGGCAAAGUGAGGGCUCUCGCGUUUGCCGUGUUGAACAUGGCUGUCUUGCCUGAUCUCCUAGGGAGUUUCAGGGCGCUCGAUCUGGCCCUCAAGGCGGCGCGUAUUUGCAUUGUGAACCACCAACGCGAAAUUGCGCUAAAUAUCUUGUCAGUGGCAGCCCUGAGGCUGGCAAGCGUUCAGUCUGCUCAUCUUGGGCUUGAUCCUGCGAUUAGCCGCACUGUCACCACCCGAUACUUCUUGCUUCGUAUUCGACUGGCCUGGUUGCAGGACCGAGUAGAUAUCGCGGAGCAUUUCUUUGCCAAAAUCCCUGCGCCGGUUGUGUCGAAUGAUGAAGAGUUGAUUUUCGAAACUUGUUUUAUCAUUGGUGACUCUGCACUCGCACGGCGUCUUCCUGACAUCGCAAUCACAUGGCUGCAGAGAGCGAGCGAUCACUUGCAGUCCUUAUCCAUUAUGACUCAGAUGAAGUUUCCAGAUUACUAUGAUUGGAACUUGGUUGUUCGACAUUCCCUUGUUGUGGCUUGUACACAGGUUAAAAGCCCUCAGGCAACCGUCACCUACGAUAUUGAAGUGGGAGUCUUGAGAGAACAUUAUCCAGAGCACCCUGCUAUGCUACUUUUUGAUCUCUCUGUGGGACGUAAUAAUCCUAGUAACGACGGAUUACUACAAGGUCUGAAGGAUCUCGUUGAGGAGAUACCUCUCACAGAUAUGAACAUGCCGAUGAUAUUCCAGUUUGCCCGAUCUCUGGGCCAUUCAGGUGGUUCGGAUAAUUGUGUGGAAGCAUUUCGAAUUUUGCUCAUGCGCCCUCUGCCAACAAGAGAAUGGACAGAGAAAUGCUUUGUUGCUUUUCUUCUACUUUUGAGCAGAUCAGAGUUCUCUGAUUCUAAGCGCAUUCGCACCCUCCGGGGUGUGAUUGACGCGCUAGAGAAACGUGGAUAUCCAUCAAUUAGCGCCAGGACAGCUCACGCCACCGUGAUUUGCAUUUGGAAAAUGACUGGCGUUGCGCUUCUCAAGAACGACUACUGGACUGCACAGCUAUGGCUUCAGGUGUGCAGUGAUCCAAAGAUCUUUCAACACUGCUCCAUGGCCAUCCAGAUCGCGAUACAAAAGAAACUGGUUGCAUGUUACCUACAGACUGGACACAUCACUGCUGCUCGUCAGUUAAUCGAUCGGGGUCUAGUCCAAAGUCAGGUGGAUUGCCACAGGGUGUACUUGUCUUAUAAGUUGACCCUGCUGGAGGGUAAAGACGGCUCUGGGCAUUUCUAUCUCGGCUUUCCUUUGCACCCUGUGCCGCACAAGCAACUGAGUCUACUGUCGUGCGCAAUGGAAGCUCAGAGACAACACAAACCAGAAGAAGUAUUGAACUGUCUUGAUCAAUUUAUCAAAUGCUUGACUUCAGAUGACACUUAUCAUCACGACUUUCCCGCCGCCGAACAUUACAUAUUUGCAAUCACUCUUCUUUCCGAAGAGCUAUCUAAAGGCUUUAGCCAGAGGCUUGGCAAAUGCAUCGAGACUGUACUCGAGAGUGCCCUGUCUUAUGCAAAGGAGAACAGCAUGUUUGAAGGUGGCGACCAGGAGGUCUCAGUCACCCAACUGCAAUGGCUGUAUUUUGCAACAUACAAAAUUGCUUUGAAACUUAUCAACUCUUCCGGAUACCUGUGGGCUACGUGUGCCUUGGAUCACUCCAGAUAUUUUGCGCUUCAGUAUCGCCAGAUUGCAUACCCCGAGAUGAAUUCCAAAGCACCCAGACCGCAUUUAUUUGCGGUUGUUUACCUUCGUCUCCUUGUUAACUCCCUUAAGGCGCGCUGCGAUGAUGAUCCAGCUGAAAAGACAUCGCACUACGAGGAUGUUCGCGCUUGCUUUCAGCAACUCGAUGACUUACAUGGUUGGGAAGAUGGAGAAGAGAAGACAGAUGAUGACGCGAAUGACAAAGAAGACAGGCACCGUGAUAUUGCGCGAUUUUUCGACCUUGAGGCUGCCAUGCACCUCAAGAAGUGGAAUGAUGUCGCCAGCAUAUGUGCAUCCGAUUAUGCAUUCCCUGAUCCGAAGUUUUACGCACCGAUCAUGGAUCUGACUCUCCAAUUGAACCUACCACCUACACUGGCGAUCCAGAUCAUCAAGCGGAUCGUGUCAAAACUCAACGAGCUACAGGACGACCCCCCUACCACAUGGCAACGCGAUUUCCGGGUUUCCCUACCCCGUUACCUCCAUUGUCUAUUCACUCUAGCCAUUGCACCGGUUCAAUACACAAGCACUUAUGGAAUUGCCUGUCUCGAUGUCGAAAUGGCCGAUCCCAAGGUUGCUGAAGAAGUGCUUGACAAAGUCCUCGCAAUGGCAGACGAAGAGGCAGGCGUGGAAGAGGAUGAACACAAUAAACAGCACGGUCUGAAUGCCAUCCAGGCCAGAACGGAGCUUGGUGAAGUGUUUACAUAUCCAGCUGCGGAGUUGAUCAAGAUUGCUACCAUGGCUUUCAACAAGGCUGUUGACUUUUACCGUGCUACCCAGGACGAGGACUGUCAGCGUUGGGCGGACAAGGCCAUUCGUAUUGCUCGGCUUGUGCCUGGUUCCCAGGGUAAUCUGCUAGUCAACACGCUUCAGACUAGACUGGGGAGCUUGAUUGGAGUUUGA